AUGUCACAAAAUGGCGACCGCCAUGAAGCUGCUGGCUGUGUCGUUUCUACGCAGUUUGUAAGACUGUCGUUUCGAUGGAAUUUUCCACUGUUCGCCGUUUGCCAGAUGAAAGUCGCUGGAUCGAUUGACCCGAGGAAUUUGUGUAAAAGUGGAAAGUGGGCAACUUUACGGCGCAGGGUCGCAGCAUCGUACGCUUUAUAGCCUAUGCUAGCUGGCUGAUCGCUUUAGGCUGAAGUACCGGGCGUGCGGAUGUUUUGCUGAAUUUUGCUCCUUUCUACUCCGGCUUUGCUUGUCGUUCUUAUAGCAGCGCGCAGCUUUUGAAGCGCCCUGACAUUAUCUGCGUCGUGCGGGCAUGGAGUACCUCGCAGGCGGUGCCGGUACGGUUCUGCUCAGUGGCAGCAAUGUCCCUGCCUUUCUCACCAAACUUUGGACUUUGGUGGAGGAUCCGGACACCGACCCGCUCAUCUGCUGGAGUCCGAAUGGUAACAGCUUCCAUGUGUUUGAUCAAGGAAGAUUCUCCAAGGAAGUCCUUCCUAAGUACUUCAAGCAUAACAACAUGGCGAGCUUUGUGCGGCAGCUUAAUAUGUACGGCUUCCGCAAAGUGGUUCACAUCGAGCAGGGGGGUCUGGUAAAGCCAGAGAAGGACGACACGGAAUUCCAGCAUCCUUACUUCAUCCGGGGCCAGGAGCACCUGCUGGAGAACAUCAAGAGGAAGGUUACCAACGUGUCUAAUAUUAAGCACGAGGACCUUAAGAUGAGCCAGGAGGAUGUGUCCAAGCUGCUGAGUGACGUGCAGGUCAUGAGGGAAAAGCAGGAGACCAUUGACUCCAAGAUCAUCACCAUGAAACAGGAGAACGAAGCUCUCUGGAGGGAGGUGGCCACCCUUCGGCAGAAACACUCCCAGCAGCAGAAAGUCGUCAACAAGCUCAUCCAGUUCCUGAUUACGCUGGUUCAGUCCAACAGAGUCUUGGGCAUGAAGAGGAAGAUCCCCCUAAUGCUGAACGACAGCAGCUCAACCCACUCCAUGCCCAAGUUCAGCCGGCAGUACUCGCUGGAGCACAUGCAGGGCACCUCAGCUUUCUCGGCACCCACAACAUUCGGGGCGGCAAACCUCUUCUCGUCGGAUGAUCCUAUGAAAUCAGGCCCAAUCAUCUCUGAUGUUACUGACAUGUCACAGUCCAGCCCCAGUGAGAUCGCUGAUGAGUGGACGGAGGAGAGGAUGAGUCCGCUGGUGCACAUUAAGGAAGAGCCCGGCAGUCCUGCCUGCAGCCCCGAGGAGGAGCCGGUGGGCGAGGUGGGGGUCUGCGUUCCUGCGGACACCCCUCUGUCCCCCACCACCUUCAUCAACUCCAUCCUGCAGGACAAUGAGCCCAUCCCAACCCCAACGCCGACCCCUACCCCCACCCCCGCGCCAGCUCCGGCCCCCAUUGAGCUGCAGGGGCCCAAGUGUCUGAGUGUGGCCCGCCUAGACAAAUCCCCACAGAUGUUGGGAAUCUCUUGUGUUAUCCCAAGUCCUUCCCCUCAUCCCAGAGCGCCUCCGGGGAGUGAGCUUGCCGACCAUUUGGAAUCCAUCGACACUGGCUUGGAGAACCUUCAGGCAAUCUUGAAUGGACAGUCCAUCAAUUUCGACCCAUCUCCACUUUUUGACAUCUUCAGCACUUCACUGUCUAACACAGAAUUCAGCCUACCAGAUCUGGAUUCAAGUCUUGCAAGCAUUCAGGACUUGCUGGUUCAAGAUCAAAAGGCAGCUGAGACCAGUACCAGUCCCAGUGAUGCUGGGAAGCAGCUGGUCCAGUAUACCGCCCAGCCUGUGCUCCUGGCGGACCCGGUCAGCGUCGACAACGCCGGCGAGGACUUGCCCAUUCUCCUGGAGCUGGAAGGGGAUUCCUACUUCGGCAGUGAUGCCGAGGACCCCGCCAGCUCCCUGCUCUCCUCCGACUACCAGAGCAACGUCACCGAAGACACCCAGCUGUCCUAGGUGGGGCGUCGGUGUGUCGGGCGUGUGGACGCACCCAGCCGGUUCUGAUCGUCAUUGCCGUGCCGGCGAAAUGGGGGACAGGAAGUCGAACACGGGUGUUAAAGGAGGGGCUGCCUGCCUGGUUCUGCUGAGGCUCCUUUUGGGGGACACCUAAAAAACCACAACCGCUUACUUAACACACACUUCGGGUUCUGAGUCUUUGUGCCGCGCUAAGCCCGCUAGACUGCAGCCGUAGUUUCCAAGCCCUCUCCGGUCAUAAUCCUUCCGAAAUAUCCGGACACAGUGGCUAGUUUGCUUUCCCUUCCUGCUGGGUUACAGUUGCUACGGGCGACGGAGAAGCAUAGGUACAGUACGACUUGGACCCAUUUUAUGCAAGGAUGGGUCAUCAUCGUUAUUUGUUUUGCAUAUGUUUAAAUACCAAGAAAAGGUAUUGCAUUUGGGAUUAAGGAGACAGAGACAACACGCGGACUCUUAGCGUAGCGUGCCGAAUAAUCCUUUCCUCUGCAUAGUCUCCCAGUUCAGUUCUCAAGCAUCUGUGCACAGAGGUAUACGAACACGUUUCUAGUGAUGGCUCAGUUAGCCUAAUAAAUGUAUUUAUUUUAGAUAUAAUGUCACAGACGGAGUGUUUAAAGAGUACUAUUUUUGUAAGCUAAACCGUACCGUGAUCGAUGAACUGCAAAGAGUAUAAAGGGAGCGUGGUUUUUUAAAAAGUUUGGGGUCCCCUUGAACGCAGAGCUCUGUAUAUAUUUGUUAUAUACCAUACAUUUAUACAUUACUUUUUUAAAGCGAGUAUAGGUCAUCCUUCCUUUCCCUCGUUUCUUGACCGCCAACUUGGUGAGUGAUGCACGCUCUGUGGUAAUGGGGGCUCGUGGUGACCAGUCUCCCCCCGGCCGCCGUGGAUUUCACAGGGUCCUCCCUUCCUCAUUUAUUCUCACUUGUUCGCUGGGGUGUGUGCAUUUGCUUUCUGCAAACAGGCUAAUCCCGACUUGAGGGCUUUGAUUUUAAACAUUCUUACUCCCGGCCCCCUGGAAUUCUGGGACGUGUGACUGCUGCUAUGUCUGCGCGUGUGUGUGUGCGCAUGUGUGUGCACACGCGUGUGUUCCCACACUUGCUGAUAAAUCACUGAUAUAUAUACACUUAACUUUCCAAUAACAAAAUUAGCCAUCCAAUAAAUGUCAUUGUGUGGAAACACUUGUAUGAGUAUCUCAUUACGCAUGUGGGCAAGACUUGGUUUAUAUUAAGUUUCAAGUAAACAUGAUUGUAUUGAAAUAGUUUCAAUAUAACUCUUGGCAAAUACAGUGGUACCUCAGUUCUAGAACUCAUUUCUUAGAAGUCGAACCAACCAGUUCCGAAAAAAAAUGACCUAGAACUCGAUCUGAAUCCAGAAGUGGAACCGUGAACGCUGACCUAAGAUAACUUGUAUGUGCGGGGAAAUGAGUCACGCGGCACGUCUCUCUGCGGAAAUAAAGGGUAACGCUUCAGUCUCAGCAUCGCAUUCACUGUAAUAGCAUUGUUUGUUGGUGAUAGUGCUUUUUUUAUUGGAAAUAUUAGGUAAUACACUGUACUUUAUAUCAUUUUGGUAGCCAUUGCUCACCAAAAAGUUACGCAGUAGUUAAAACCUAAAAGUUUGCGAUUUACAAACAAAUUAACGAAUACAGACUAAUAAUAAAAAUAUACAAUGGACCGCAUGGCAUAGUCUAGUGUUGGGGCAUGGCUUGAUGAUGUCACAAUCUGCUGAGCCGGGACUGGGGAUGCUGGGACAGGACUCAAGCGAUCGGGAAACGCAGGGUUUAAUUCAGAACAGGCAGAACAACACAAUGACAUUACAAUGA